UUCUCUCUCUCACACACACACAUUACGUUUUAAAUUUAUUUUAAAUAAUGAAGUUUAUAGAAAUCUAUUAAAUGUUCAUAACCCAUUAGAUCUGUUUCGCAAUAAUACAUAGAAAUCUGUUUAAUGUUCAUAAUCCAUUAGAUCUAUUUUGCAAUAAUGCACAGAAAUCUAUUUAAUGUCCAUAAUCCAUUAAAUCCAUUAAAAAGUAAUUUGUAACUUUCUCUCAAUAAAUUACUCAUUAAUAAAUAAAUUAAAUUUUUAUGAAAGAUUCAACAAUUACUGAUUUAAGUAUAUAAAGCAGAAGCAUUUGUUUAUUCUUCAGUCAAUUGGACACUGAAGUUAGCAUUAAAUAAAGUUAGAGGUUAUGUUAGAUUUUUAUGAUCAAUGUAGUAUUCGUCACCAAUGUAUAAUUGACAAUUUCAAGUUUAUAGAGUGAUAAUAUCAUAUAUCUAUCAAAAAUAAUUAAAUAAGUUAGGAGAUAAGACGAUUAAAGUAUCUGUUACGUGAUUGAUUGAAAAUACUUAUCUAUUUACGUGUUAUACAUUUCUUCAUUUAUAUAACCUAAUUUAUAUAAAUGUACAUAUACAUAUAAAUAUUGUUUUAAGUAAAAAUAUAACUAAUUACAAUGACUUCAACGUGGGAAGAUUUUUUUGCCAAACAUCCACCUCCACAAGAUUUAAAUCAAACCGAAAAUCUGUUAAAAACAUUUAUUGAAAAACAUUUAAAAGAAAACAAUAAAGUAGUAUUAAUAACGAGUGGCGGUACAAUGAUUCCAUUAGAACAUAACACUGUAAGAUUUGUCGAUAAUUUUAGUGCUGGAUCCAGAGGAGCUACAUCAGCUGAAUAUUUUUUGGAACAUAAAUAUGCUGUAAUAUUUAUGUACAGACUCAAGUCUUUAGAACCAUUUACUAGACAUUUCAUUGGACAUAAGGUAUUGGAUAUGCUCAAUUUAACGGAGGAAGCAGAUAAAUGCACUGUCACAGUUGUACCUGAACAUACAGAAAAAGUAGCAAUGGUAUUACGAAAAUAUAAAAAAACGAUGAAACAGGAUAAAUUGAUACAAAUUAGUUUUAGUUCUUUGACCGAGUACCUUUGGCUACUUAGAACCGUUUGUCAAGCAUUAGCUUGUUUAAAAGAUAAAGCUCUUUUAUAUUUAGCUGCAGCUGUUUCUGAUUUUUAUGUACCAUUUGACGAAAUGUCCGAACAUAAAAUUCCUUCUAGUGGUCCACCAACGAUAUCACUUCAAUUAGUUCCAAAAAUGCUAGAACCUUUAGUUAGUUUAUGGGUACCAGAAGCCUUUGUGAUUUCAUUUAAAUUAGAAACAGAUGAAAAUGUUUUAGUUUCAAAAGCAAGGACUGCUUUGAACAAGUACAAACACAAUCUUGUUAUCGCUAAUAUGUUACAGACUAGAAAGCAACAAGUAAUUAUUGUUAGCAAAGAAAAUGAUUAUGUGUUGUCAUUAACAAACGAACAAAUGAAGAACGGCGAAGAAAUUGAAAAAUUUAUAGUCGAUGAUAUAGUAUUGAAACAUAAAGAUUUUUCAAAACUUAGAUCUUCUAACUCAACAUAUAGGUUUAUUUCGAUAACAUGAUUUUUCAAUUGGAUAUAACUAUUUUUUUACUAUGUUAUUAUUGGUAAAUAUCAGUUGAUUAUUGCACAAUUAAGGGAAAUUAUAAUUGGAUAUUGAAUA